AAUAUGGGUGGGAGAGCAGAAUACACAACCCAUCUACUUGGCAAUACUGACCUGAACCUAUCUGAGUUCUUGCGGUGAACCGAGUAGUAAAAUAUACAUCUGUUUUAGAUUGCACACAGUUUUAAAGCGUUUUGGAUAGUUAUAUAUGUCCCUGGGAUUUAUUUUCGGUUUUAUUUGUCAGCCAGCAGCAGGACGGCUAGCUGGGCUUGUGUUUAUCGCUGAGCUGGCUAGGACUCUCCGGGAAAGCUGGACUGCUAACUGGGCUCCUCUUCGCCUUCCCUUAUAAUCCAGCAAGAGUAUAUACCACAAGUUCCUUUUCCGAUUCGCGCUUCACGAGACGAACAUGAGGAUCACGGUGGACUUUGAGGAAUGUCUUAGAGACUCCCCGAGAUUCAGGGCCACAAUUGAGGAAGUGGAAGGAGAUGUGUGUGAGCUGGAGUCUAAAUUAGAUAAGGUGGUAAAGCUGUGCAUUGGGAUGAUCGACGCUGGGAAAGCGUACGUCACAGCCAACAAGCAGUUUGUCAGUGGCAUCCGGGAAUUAGCACAGCAGUCAGCUGAAGACGAGGUCAUAGAGUCGAGUCUGACAAAGUUUGCUGAGAGCCUACAGGAGAUGACCAACUACCACACAAUUUUAUUUGACCAGGCCCAGCGCUCAAUCAAAUCACAGCUUCAGAUGUUUGUUAAAGAGGACCUGCGCAGGUUUAAGGAGUCGAAGAAGCAGUUUGAUAAAGUGAGCGAGGAGAACGAGGCGGCACUGAUCAAGAACUCGCAGGCUCCCAGAAAUAAACCCCACGAGGUGGAUGAAGCCAAUGGCAUCCUUAGUGCUACACGCAAGUGCUUCCGCCAUAUUGUCUUGGAUUACGUCCUCCAGAUUAAUCUUCUGCAGUCCAAGAGACAAUCAGAAAUCCUUAAAUCGAUGUUGUCCUUCAUGUACGCCCACCUGACCUUCUUUCACCAAGGUUACGACCUGUUCAGUGAACUUCACCCUCUAAUGAAGCACCUCGGGGGGCAGUUGGAGCAGUUGAUGAAUGAUGCAGCGAAGAAUAAGAGGGACAUGGAAACAAAACACUCCACUAUUCAGCAAAAGGAUUAUUCGAAUGACGACACCAGGCUGGAGUACAAUGUGGACACAGAGAACGGGAUUAUUAUGGAGGGUUAUCUGUUCAAGAGGGCUAGUAAUGCCUUUAAGACCUGGAACAGGCGUUGGUUUUCUAUUCAGAACAAUCAGUUAGUGUACCAGAAGAAGUUUAGGGAUAACCCUACUGUGGUGGUGGAAGAUCUGAGGUUGUGUACAGUUAAACAAUGCGAGGACAUCGAGCGGCGCUUCUGCUUUGAGGUGGUUUCACCCACAAAGAGCUGUAUGAUGCAGGCUGAUUCGGAAAAGCUGAAGCAGGCGUGGAUCAGAGCCAUGCAGAACAGCAUCGCUACAGCCUUCAGAGACAGAUCAGACUCAGAGAAGUUAGACAGGAAGUCCUCGCCUUCCACCGGAAGUUUGGAGUCUGAUACAAGAGAGAGGAGUCUAAAAGGAGAAGGUGCCUUGCAGAAGGUCAUGGCCAUCGCAGGAAACAAUACAUGCUGCGAUUGUGGACAGCCAGACCCCAAAUGGGCCAGCAUUAACCUGGGGAUCACGCUGUGUAUCCAGUGUUCUGGCAUUCACAGGAGUUUAGGAGUUCAUUUCUCCAAAGUGAGAUCUCUGACUCUGGACACAUGGGAGCCUGAACUGCUGAAGUUAAUGUGUGAGCUUGGAAACGGCGUCAUAAACCGGAUUUAUGAAGCACGCACCGAGGAGCUCAGGGCACGGAAACCUCAGCCAGGAGACUCCAGGCAGGACGUGGAGUCAUACAUCAGAGCGAAGUACGUCAAUCGGAGGUUCAUCAAAAUGCCAUCGGAUGAAGAACUGAAGCUGAAGAUCAUGGCUUUGAGUGUAGAGCAGAAACAACCCAGCGACUCCUCUGAACUACAAACACGACAAGCAGCACAACAUAAACACACACAGAGAACAGGACCUGCAUUAGGGGUUCCAGCUGUGAGUGGCCUUGAAGUUUCCAGCGAAUCUCUCUUCUGUCCUGAUGAGUUAGAUUCUCUGUUCUCCUACUUUGACGCGUCUGGCCAGCGCAGUAUUAAAAGUGCCGAUGGUGGCGUCACGAACAAAACCGAAGAAAGCCCCGGGGGUUUAAACACCAGCCAGAAUCAUACAGCUGUAGAUGAGUCGUAUUCCUCCACGUGUAGCAAUAAGGUGAAGCUGGUCUUCUCCGAACCAAAGCAGUUCUCUCCCAGCUUGCAGCUGUACUGGGCCUCAUUCACACGCAGCCUACCGGACAUGGCCGAGGCUUUGGCACACGGGGCAAAGGUCAACUUUAUAAAUACGGAGGAGGAGAAAAGAUCGCCGCUGAUCAUGGCUGUACACGGAGGCUCUCUGGUUGCGUGUGAGUUUCUGCUGCAGAAUUCAGCCAGUGUGAAUCAGUGUGACAGUCAGGGUAGAGGACCAUUACACCAUGCCACCAUCCUGGGACACACCGGACAAGUGUGUUUAUUCCUGAAGCGUGGAGCCAAUCAGAACGCAACAGACAUCGAAGACAAAACGCCGCUGUCUAUUGCAGUAGACGCCGCUAAUGCAGACAUCGUAACACUGCUGCGAUUGGCCAAGAUGAACGAAGAGAUGCGAGAGUCGGAGGGACCGUACACGGGUCAUCCAGGUCAAUAUUCCUCUAACAGUCUCACUGAGGUCCAGUACAGGAAGUGUAUAGAAGAGUUUAUUUUUUUACAGCUCAGAGACUCGUAAUAGUCUGGAGAUUCAUCAUAAGAUCGGGGUCCUUUUCUGACAGUAAUGUAGCUGCAAGUCACCAGUUUCUAUUCAUGCAUUCAUUCUAGUCCUUUAUUGUCUCUAUAGUAACAGCUUAUUCAUAGGGGUCUUUUGUAUGAACGCAUUAUUUCAUAUUCGUAAAGGGUGUGUCCUGGUGUCCUAGACAUUUGUUUUAAGGACAUUUGUGCUCGAGUACACCGGGAAUAUUCACUAGACAACACGUCACCUGGUUUCCAAGUAGAACUGUCCAAUAUUUUGGGAUUUUAUGCACAAUAAUGUCAAACAAACUAGUGAGCUGUUUUUUCUUGAAAUAUUCUGCAGUUGUCGUGAUUGUCGUCUUGAGCCGCAUCGCAAAAAAAACUUAUUGAUUGGCGUUCACGUUCAGAAAGAUCUACUCGAGGAUCCAGAAGUAUGGGUCAGAAACAGCCCUUCUUUUUAAUUUUUUUUUAAUUGCAACCUGAUAGAUUUUUAAGAUUAUAAGUAGAGGUUAACCGACAGUGGAUUUUACUAAAACCUAUAACUAGGUUGGAUCUUACCUGCCGAAAACCGAUUUAGCAAUCGAUAGUUUUUAAAAUGGAUACUGGAUUAAAAAAAAACAAAAAAGAAAGAAAUCACGUCUAAAAUAGUGCUGAACUUUACCACGGAUUUAUUUAUUUAUUUAUUUUUUUAAGUACUGAAUAAGUACAGAAGAAAUAUGAAUUAUAUUAAUACAUAUUUAGGAAACUGAAAGGCAUGCAUUCAAACUAAAACAGCAAACAUUGUUUCCUUGUAAGCAGAACGUAUGUAUACUUAUAUACCUUUUACGUAUGAAAGAAUGUUCUAGAUGCAGCAUCAAGGAUAAGAGCCAUAACUAUUUGUAGAAGUGGGCACGUAGACACGCACUGCCAAGCACCUGCUGCCACAAAGGGUUAUGGUUCUUAUCCUUAUUGCUGCAUCUAUAACAUUCUUUUACGCUGAAUACACAGAAAAAUUGUACUGAUCGCGAGGAAACAAUGAUUAUGUCAAGAUCAUGAGAAAAUUAAGUCUGGAAAAGCAAAAACAACUUUUCUUAUGUUGAGAUCAUGAGAAAACAAGAAAAAAAAAAUAUUAUUGUAAUGCAUGGC